AUGGCAGCCAUUAUGAAGUUGAAGACCCUGCAAGGAUAUUUACAAGAUCUGAGAGGAUUUGCUGAACCUAAAAUACAGUUAGAACAAUAUGAGACUCCAGCGCAUAUUGCUGCUGCAGCAUUGUACACAAUACAGACACAAUACAAUGGUAUUGAAAACAAGUUGAUCCUUGAUGCGGGAUGUGGUCCGGGAAUGCUGGGGCUUGGGGCGGCGCUCCUGGGCGCGGGGGCCGUCACCGCCGUAGACAUUGACGAGGAAGCCUUAGAGGCGCUUGCAGAGAAUGUACAAGACAUGGAGAUUAAUAAUGUUGAUGCCCUGCAAUGUGACUUUUUGAAUGCUCAUGUUUGUAGAUUACAAAACUACUAUGAUACGGUGCUUAUGAAUCCUCCAUUCGGUACUAAGAACAAUGCGGGAAUGGACAUGAAGUUCCUCAGAAAAGGGUUGGAUCUGUCCUGUGAUAGUGUAUACUCUUUGCACAAAUCAUCUACGAGGUCACACAUACAAAAGAAAGUGAAAGAGUGGGGAGUAAAAGGCGGCGUGAUAGCGGAGUUGCGUUACGACCUACCGGCUACCUACAAAUUCCACAAACAGCAGUCGAGAGACAUAGCUGUGGAUCUAUGGAGGAUAUACCACCCCACAUCUUGACGAUAUAGUUACCAUAAGGCGUGUCCAUACACAUGCCUCAGAAGAUACCCGGGCCACCUCCCAUACACCAAUCAGGGCGAGGUGGCACAGCUAUCUCUUGAGCCUACCGUGUCAUGUGGUUCUCUUGCAUUUUGUUUGCCAUGUCACAGAAAUACAGGCUGCAGGUUGAUCUAUGGGGAACAAAUACAUUUUCCCUGCUAAUUAAAAUUGUGCAAGUUUUGUAUAAGACUGAAUGCCUGAGUGUAAAAUUUAAUCUUUAAUGUCAAGAAGGAAACUUAUUUUAUUGAUUUACUUACCAGGAAAAAAAUUUACAGACACAUCUAUUGGACAUUUAAUUCCUAUUUUGUUUAACGAAUGCACUAUUGCUUUUUUUUGCUGAAAUAUUUUACUGUUAUAUUUUUGACAAACCAUCUAUAUUAUACUUUAUUGGUUAAUA